AUGAUCAAACGCCUUAACGCAGAAGAUCUUUGUAUUGUUUAUGGCAGUGACCUCUUCAAUUCUGACGAUAUACUUUAUGAAAUUUCUAGUCAAUUCUCAGAAUCAAGUGACAGCGAUGAAGACAUCUUUAUGAUACAGUUUACUCCACAUCAAGAUGAAGAAUCCUCUACCAUUAAAUUAAGCAGUGUUAUUGGUGAAGAAAUCCAGUUUACGAACGAACAACUCAUUCAGUUCGCUAAACUCCAGAAGCUGAAGAAAGAAAAAGUCUACAAAACUUCCAAGUUCUCCAUCUUUUCAAAAAGGAUCCUUGAACAAUUCAGCGGUGAUACCACUAUCGAUUACACCUCUAGUGGUAAACAUAGAUUCAAUAUCCUCAACAACGACAAGGUUGCUCGAUGGCGACAGCAGAAUCCUCUCGCACGAUAUAUUCAUAUCAUCAUGGUUGGGAUCAAAAUUACCUCUCUAUUCUGCAAAGGAACUGAUCAACCCAUUCUAGCUCUCGUUAUGGAUAAUAGAUUCCAUAAUCCUAUUGAUGCCUUCAUCGGUGGCAUUCAAUCCAAUAUUGUUAACAAUGUAAUUUGGUUCAAAAUUAAACCCAAUUAUUUUGUUUCUCUCACUGAUCCAAACAUUGAGAAAGUUCUCCAAGUCAAACUUCAACUUUGA